AUGUGAUACCCCGCCAACGGCAACGAUGCCUGCCGUCAACAAGUCACAAGUGGACCUUGAGAUGCAUACAGCCCCUCGGCCGUACUGUGCGUGCCCCGUUGUCUAACAUGGGCGGGGGCUCGGUUGAUCAGUGGGGGAGCACACUAAACUAGCCACCACCCGCGAUAAGAAUAUCGAUAAGCAUCCAAGACGCCCAGAUAAUGGAGGUGUGCCAGAAGGAGACGGAGGUUAUAUAUCCCAGCAAGCAACUCUCCCUGCUGCUGCAAGGCAGAGGAGCAACACUUGUCCAGCAAGCAAGAAGGGGAGGAAGUGGAAGCGGCCGGCCAUCGUUCGCCCCGUGGCCGUGGAGGUCAGGCCAGAGGAGCUCCUGCAGGCGGGCGGCGCGAGAGAUUGAGAUGCUGCUGCUGGACCUGGCGAUCUGGAUCAUCCCGGUGACGCUGGUGUUCGUGCCGUGCCGGCGGCUGGUGGUGCUGGUGGCCCGGCUGCAGGAGCUGGAGGAGUGCAUCAUGCGGCCGCGGUCGCCGCCGCCGGACGCGUGGGAGUGGGGCCGCGUCGGGGGCCUGCACACCAUGAGCAUCAUGAUGUGAGGAGCUCCGCGGCGGAGGCGCGCGGCUCAGGUACCUUUCCUCCAUCCGCUGCGGCCUGCCUGCAAAUGGAGGUGCGCGCGGGGCGAGGCCUUCUUCUUCAGUUUUUUCAACAUACUAUGAGGUGAGAGGGAGCCUCCUCCGGUAACUCGCCAUCGCCGGCCGUGUUCAUAUUCUGUGCAGCCUUGUGCGUACGUAUGUAGCAGCAGCAGUAUACUCCGGUUGUGCGUACGUAUGUAGCAGCAGCAGUAUGCUCCUCCUGUAAGAAAAUUCAGUUUUAUUUCUGUAGUCGUAAUUGCUUGUCACCAGGCAUUCAGUAGAGAGGGAUUGUCCAAUGAUUCUCUUCUUGUUCGUUGGGUUUCGUUUGAUACCUCGCAGAAACGGAGCGCCCGGCCCCAGUUGUAUGGAAAAAAAAUUGUUUUCAAUUGCACUUAAACUCUGUUCUGCUGUUCA